UUGCUUAUGUCCAGUCUACUCCUAGAAGUUCACGGCAAAUGUCUUUUGUGGCGGGAAGGAUCAAUUCUUCACCAAUAGUGAAUGGUUUCUUAGCCUUAGCAAUACGUGUAAAUGGAUCAGAGGGGAUCAGAGGGAAGCUUUAGUGUUCAGCAGAUUAGGAUUGACUCUUCAUCCCCGAAGGAACACGAUACAAACACACGGACGAAGGUCUGAUGACUGAAUCACGGCUCUCCGGUCACACGGGAAUACUGGACGACAGUGAAUGUGAUGAGGGUAAAACACACUUAUCACAGUUAUAUCAGUCGGAUUACUGGUUUUGCAAUGGUUACUGUGUUUUGUUCACACUGAACAGAUCCAAACUCUGAGAAGCCGGUCGCUGAGUCCUGGGAAGAACGAUCGAUCAUGGACAGAUUGGGUUUAAAGAGUUUGGACAUGACUGAAGAGGAAGUGGAGAGCGCCUUCAGUCAGUUUGCCAUGGGAUUUCACUGUGACCAGUACACACUGAGUCAGCGGCUGCAGGCAGAGCUGCAUGACCGCAUCGUUGCUGAAGAGAACCUGCAGAGAGAACUGCAGCACACCAGAGAAACACUGCAGGUGUUGUAUGAGGGUCUGGCAGAGGUGGACAGUAGAGAGAUGGUGCUGCAGAUGCAGAACAGACUGCAGGUGGUGGAGAGCAACAUGGAGAACAUCAUCACCACAGCUGAGAUGCUGGGAGCUGUACACCAGGAAGCUCGUGUCAGUCACGCGGUGGAUGUGAUGUCCGUUCACAUCGAACAUCUCAAGAGACGUCACACUUCAGAGAGUGAAGAGCUGCUGGAGGUCAGGAAACUGCUGCACAGGAGGAAGGGCCGAUUACACAGCGACUCUACAGAUGACAGAGAUGUGUUUUUCAGACAGUCACAACAGUGCAUGCGCCGUCGAGUCAGCGUCACGUUACUCCCGACUCAAGCUCAGUCAGUGGAGCUAGAAGCUGCGUCUGUAGACGGCUGUAAAACCAGAGCAGACGCAGACAGCCCGACCCAGAAGGGCCUCAAAACACGACAGGAAACAGUUCCAUCAGAUUGUCCCGAGAGCAGCCUGACCUUUGACCUCCCUGACCGCUGCACACAAAAGCAGAAGAAUGAUGCUGACGAUACAGCGUUUCCAUGUGCGAUUCCGGUCACACCGCUGCGCUGUCGUCGUCAGUCUCCUCCAAUCAAACCCACAGAGAGAUCAGAGGAGGCGGAGUCUGCGAGAGGGGCGGGGUCAUCACUAAAGUCCAACCCUCAGCUGUGUGUGGCUCGGCACCGGCGGCACUUCCUGUCCUGGCGGCGUGAGUGUGGAUGGAGAAUACUGUCACUAAUGUUCUGUGUAAUAAUUAUAGCGGCUUUAACAUGUUUAACACUUCCAAUCAUGUAGCGUGAGGAUCCCAUUAAAGACUCUGAGGGUGCGGUGGACCUUAUACAUAUGUACUGACAUGUUGUUGUAACCCCUAGAAGGUCAACAUGAGGGUUAGUAAAUGAUGACAGAAUUAUUGUGUGUACUGUCACUUUAAAUGAAGAAGCAUGUGUGAUAUUGAGUAGUGAGUUACGCUCAUGAUCAUCACUCAUGCACUGAACGGCUGGAUUAUAAUGUAACAGAGAAGAUUCACCUGUAAGUGUCUGUCAAUAAUAAAUGAU